AUGAGACGGAGAGGAAGUGAAGAAGAACCGCUUGAAUAUGACGCGUUGUGGAUGCUGGAGAAGAAGGCGAGAAGCAUAGGCGACGAGGCCAUGUUCCAGGACAGACCGUAUAGGCGUAGACGACAGCUGACAGACUUGGGACAACCAGAGAAACGAAGUUACAAACGGGACCCGUUGUUUGUGGCCGUGGAACAGUCAUAUGCGACGCAUUACGUGUGCACCGAUUGCGGGAAGGGUUACAGACGGAUGGACAGCCUGAAGAGGCACAAAAGGGUCGAUUGCGGGAACAAAGAGAAACAAUUCUCGUGCGAUCUAUGCGACAAGAAGUUCAAGUAUCGAUACUCACUGAAACAUCACGUUACCAUGCAUCAUGCAAUUGUAUAUAUUCUGGUACCGUUUCACUGGCCCAUUAUCGUGACCGUUUCUGCUUCUCCCGCAGAUGUCGAAGGGACGCCUAAAUACGACCCGUUGUGGAUGCUGGAGAAGAAGACGCAAGGCAUUGGCAACGAGCCCACAUUCCAGGAGAGACCGUACAGGUCUACGACUAUACGACACUCGACGGAAUCGAGACAACCGGAGGAAUACAGUUACAGAGUGGAGCCGUUGUUUGUGGCCGUGGAACAAACAUAUGCGACGCAUUACGUGUGCACCGAUUGCGGGAGAGGUUACAAAUGGCUGGACAGCCUGAAAAGGCACCAAAGGGUCGAGUGCGGGAACAAAGAAAAAAAGUUCUCGUGCGAUCUAUGCGACAAGAAGUACAAGUAUCGAUAUUUACUGAAACAUCACAUUACUGUGCAUCACGCAACGUAA